AUGGCCAUAAUCAGUAACAGGAGUAGCGAUACAGAUCUCUUUGUGUUUGAAGAUUACAACCAGCGCAUUGCUAUAGCCUCUAUAUUCUGCAUCGUCUUCCUUGUGGGAUCCAUCGGUAACACACUCGUCAUCACCGCCGUAGUCCUUUCCCGGAAACUGCGAUCAUCCACCAACUGGUUCAUCGUCAACUUGGGCUGUUCCGACCUUCUCAUAUGCCUCUCUCUCCCGUUUAAUACUGUCGCCACGCUAAGCCGUGACGGAUGGCCUUUGCCAGGUUGGAUUUGCGCAGUCAACUCGGCUGUAUCAUGGAUCAGUCUGGGUGGCAGUAUCAUGACACUGGCCCUUAUUGCCUAUAACCGCUGGUACCUGCUGACAAAGUCAAAGAUACAGUUCCAGAAACUCUACACAACUAGAAACAUAUGCUUCAUGCUGCUUAGCGCUUGGAUGUACCCAGCUCUUUUGUGCCUGGUACCUCACUUUGCUGGGUUGGGCCGACUGGGAUAUUCUUACGAGUACAAGGCAUGCUCGCAGGAUACGUCACUUUCCACUUCAGACUUAUAUAGUCUCACAGCCGGGGCAUUUGCAAUCAUCCCUGUGUUCAUUGUCAUGGUUGUUAUUUACGUUCGGAUCUAUCUCUUUGUUUCCAGACAAAGUAAAAAGAUGAACAAGGUCAAAAAGGAUGGAGCACCCCAGACGCGUGGCAUAGACAAUGUGAACGUGGAAAUGAGCUCAUCAGAGGUUCCCUCGAUUGAACCGAGUACUCUCACAUCUGAAGAAACAAUCUUACAAAGCCGUUCAACUUCAAACCUUGACACAUCACAAACAACCGAAACAGAUACCUCAAAUGGAGAGGGCAACUUGGCAUCUAUUGAGAAUUCACCAAAACACCACACAUCCCUUGACAUUUCUGAAAAUCGAUCAAGGCGGUCUCCAGAAGAUCAAUCUAACCAAAAACGUCCAAGAUCUAUCAAGCAAAAAUUUUCUGAUAACAAGGCAGAACCACACCUGAACAAGUUUAAUGUCAUAGUUACGAAACGACUUGCUAUUGUGGUGCUAGCCUUCAUCAUCUGCCUGCUCCCGUUUGGUGUGAGCGUUGUCGUUCCUUCAAGCAAUGCGGGCGUCCCUUGGACAGGCCUGAUGUUGACCUUCAACAGUUGCGUCAACCCUCUGAUUUACGCCAGGACAAUGCCAGAGUUCCGCAAGGUGAUGCUAGCCAUUAUUCGCUGUCGCCUUAAGGACAUCACUGAGCCAAUCGCAUGCCUCCGCCGCUUUCGUUAA